AUAUACAUCAGUGCACAUUGAAGGGUCCUGUCUCCUGUGGCAUCACCAUUUCACACACCAUUACAAGAAAUUAAUCGUGAGUUGUGACUAGAGAGACGAUGCGCUUCAUCUGGCAUGGCCAUCACUGAGACGGCAGCACGGAAGCUCCUGCAUGGCGGCGCCGCUGGCACCAUCGCCCAAGGCGUCGCCGACUUGGGCGGCAUCAGCUUCGGCCUGUGGGAGAUGGUGACCAGCUUCUUCGCCGACAUCAUCGCCUACCUCUUCGCCGCACUCGCGGGCGCAGCCCACCUGCUCGUCCUGCCACUGGAGGUGCUCUGGCAGUCGCUCGUCACCGUCGUCACCACCGCCGCGGGCGCCGUCGCUUCCGGCCUCGAUGGCCUGUGCCACUACGUCACGGGCUUCUUCGCCCAAAUCUUCGCGGCCAUCGCCGGUGCGGCCCACCUGUUGGUCCUGCCCCUAGAGACGCUCUGGCAGUGGCUCGCCACCAGCGCGACCGACGCCGCGGGCUCCAUCGCUUCCGGCAUCGACGGCCUGUGGCAGCACGUCACGGGCUUCCUCGCCCACAUCUUCGCGGCCAUCGCCGGCGCGGCCCACCAAUUCGUCCUGCCGCUAGAGACGCUCUGGCAGUGGCUCGCUACCAGCAUGACAGACGCCGCGGGCGCCAUCAGCUCCGGCUUCGACGGCCUGUGGCAGCUCGUCGCGGCCUUCCUCCCCGGAGCCUGGUCCGCCGUGGCGGGCGCAGCACACCAGAUCCCACAGAAGCUGGCGAACCUCUGGCGGUGGCUCCAGGCCGCUGCCCCGGUCGCGCUCCCGUACGUGCUCGCCGUGGCUGCGGUCGUCCUCGUCGCGACGCUCGUGUGGUUCUGCUGGCCGGUCCUCUUGGAAGCUAGCGUGGGGGUCGGGAAGGCACUCGUGAUCGGCGCCUGCUUCUUCGUGCAGGGGCUGUUGCACGUUGGCCGCGCCGUUCUGUCGGUGUUCGUCUUCCUCCUGCCGUGCCUGAACUGCGCCGUGGUCACCAUGAAGGCCCCUGGCGCCGCCGGCAUACGGAUAUCGCGCGCGGCCUUCGAGGCCGCCCCGGCGCUAUUCUUCCAGAUCCUGCGCUCCGCUCCAACCAUCGUGGCCGCCACCGUCUUCUGCACGAAAACGGUGGCCUUGCUCGUCGCUUUCCCGGUCGCCGCUCUUUUCGGCGCCCGGUGAACUGGUGAAGCAUGCAAGCAAAAGUCAGGGAAAUGGAUCCUAGGUGACCUGGUCUCAUGCAUGUUAUCGAUCGAGUAUAUGAGUAUGCGUCAAGCUCGUCUGGUCGUCGUCAAGAUUUGCAAAUGUGUUGUGUUUUCAUCCAUCGUUUAAGUGACUAAUAAAACAGCUCUAAAUCCACUUUCCUGAGCCAAA